AUCAACAAUAACAACAAUGGCAUUCAUCUUCUCUUCCAAAAAGACAUCACUUUUCUUGGUAUUUGUAUCGGUUUUGGCAUGUUCGGCAUUAGCCAACGAGUUUUCAAUCCUAGGGUAUGCCCCGGAGGAUUUAACAUCCAUUCAUAAGGUGAUUCACCUUUUCGAAUCAUGGCUCGCAAAACAUAGCAAAAUCUAUGAAAGCUUAGAUGAAAAGCUACAUAGGUUUGAGAUCUUUAUGGACAAUUUGAAGCAUAUUGAUGACACCAACAAGAAAGUUAGCAACUAUUGGCUUGGACUUAAUGAGUUUGCUGACUUGACCCACGAAGAGUUCAAGAACAAGUUCUUGGGGCUUAAAGGCGAGCUCCCUGAGAGGAAAGACGAGUCCAUUGAAGAAUUUAGUUAUCGAGAUUUUGUGGAUUUGCCAAAAUCAGUUGAUUGGAGAAAGAAAGGCGCGGUUGCUCCGGUCAAAAACCAAGGUCAAUGCGGUAGUUGUUGGGCAUUCUCAACGGUAGCUGCGGUGGAAGGUAUAAACCAAAUCGUAACCGGAAAUCUAACCAUGUUAUCGGAACAAGAACUAAUCGAUUGUGACACAACCUUCAACAAUGGGUGCAAUGGAGGUCUCAUGGAUUAUGCAUUUGCAUACGUCAUGAGAAGUGGACUUCAUAAAGAAGAAGAGUAUCCUUAUAUCAUGAGUGAAGGCACAUGUGACGAAAAGAAGGAUGUAUCAGAAACGGUGACAAUCAGCGGGUAUCAUGAUGUACCACGAAACAAUGAAGAUAGUUUCUUGAAGGCGCUUGCAAACCAACCCAUUAGUGUUGCCAUUGAAGCCUCUGGCCGCGACUUCCAGUUCUACAGUGGGGGUGUGUUCGAUGGGCAUUGUGGGACCGAGUUGGACCAUGGAGUAGCAGCUGUCGGGUAUGGAACAACCAAGGGUCUAGAUUACGUCAUAGUGAGGAACUCUUGGGGACCAAAAUGGGGUGAGAAAGGAUACAUAAGGAUGAAGAGAAAAACAGGGAAGCCCCAUGGGAUGUGUGGCCUUUAUAUGAUGGCUUCUUACCCUACAAAACAAAAGUAAAAUGCACCUAAAUUUUUACCAAUGGUCCUAACUUUGAUUUCAGUAUGGACCAACUCCUGUCUCUCACGUAUUUCUGAUGUUUCCAUUUCUUGGUUUAUAAAGUUAUUGUGUUGUACCCAUGGGAUGGACUAAAAUCCACCAUUACUCAACACGUUAUGUUAUAUCUUAAA